UCGCAGGGCAUCCUAUGGGCUUUCACUGGGUCCGCUUUUCUCUUCGUUUCGAUUCGCAUAUAUACCCAACUCACCUCCUUCCGCCGCCUUUUCAUAGAUGACUACCUAGUCAUUCUGGCAUGGAUCAUAAUACUUACCGCUGCGGUUAUCUGGCAGGUUGAAGGGAAGGUCCUCUAUGAGUUGUAUGCCAUCAGCGCCGGCACGAAAUUGUUUUCCGUUGAUUUUUUGCCCAGAUACAACACAUUCAUGCGCUUCAAUGCACCAUUUGAGAUACUAUUCUACUCAGCGCUGUGGUGUGUCAAGUUUUCGUUCCUGGCAUUGUUCUACAGAAUCAGCGCCAAAGUCAAGUUCUUCCGCAUCUGGUGGUUUGUUGUGCUGUUAUGCACGGCGAGUGUCUAUAUUGCCUCAGUGGCCAACAUCGAAUACAAAUGCAGCUUUGGAGGGUUGGCGUAUAUUAUAUCUCAAUGCCCUCAGCCCAACCACAUCCAUUACGAGAACCGCAUGUUUUGGGCAAACUGUGCGGGAGAUGUUAUCACAGACUUGAUGAUUCUAUCUAUCCCCUUCCUUGUGUUAUGGAAUACUCGGAUUUCACGCCGCAAAAAGCUAAUUCUACUCAGCAUCUUUUCUGCGACUAUACUUAUCAUGGUUACAGCGAUAGUUCGAGUCGCCGUUGGGAUGAGCUACGAUCACCAAAUGAACAUUGACUGGCUGUGUUUUUGGAGCUUUGUCGAAGUAGACAUUGCGAUCAUUGUCUCCUGUGUCGCGUCUUUACGACAACUCUUCGUCACUCAGAAUCAAAGCUCAUCUGGAAGGGCUGCUUACAAGAAUACGUACGCUCCUAUGCUUAGAAAGUCUAAGGAGGGCUAUAGCCAUGAUCUGUCACGAUCGGAUGGGGAUGUUGGGCUACCCAUGAGUGAGGUGCCUAUGUCACCUUUGAGUCUUGUACCCGGUCAAGAUUUCGAGGCGACCCCUUGGAAUGCAAGCCAGUCUGCUGAUGAGGAGGAAGCGCUGAGGCACCAAACAAGUGUUGCUAAGCCAUAUUGA